GGGAAUAUUUGAUGCUAGGCUAAACAUGCUGCUUUCAUGUACCCUCGAGAAUGGGAACUCUCUUUGGGGGAAUAUUUGAUGCAAAACAAAUAUGUAGGGCUACUAAAAAGAUUUUGAGAGUAAAAAUGGCGUAUUUCGUAUUGUUUAGUCCGGGUCCCUUGAUCACAUCGUAACCUAUAUGUUGUCCAAUCUCCUACAUUCCCUAAAUGCAGCAAACAAGGUGCUAACAAUUACAGGUGUGUGGAAAGUUGGACAGCCCAAACGCCGUCAUUUCUGCUCAUGGGACCAGCCUACCUGAAGUUCACGGAUAACUUCCUUAACCAGCUCACCUUAAAGUUCUACAAUAUCUCUUGCACACUACCUGAGAAGUAUAUCAGUGGACGUCCAUCCUCCAAAGAUGCGUACAGACCACAAAGGCAGAAGCGCCUCUCCUCACAGGAUCACAUACGAGACCGACUUCCAUGCCAUUAAAUGCUCCUUUGACAGUGGGACCAGCCUGAAGCAUGGCUCCAAAGCUGCCCCUGCCCAGUGUGCUGACCUUCACCCCUCCGCACUACCAACCAGUUCCUCCGAUCCCCUUGUGUGCGGCCGACCAAGAACCCACAGCAGCAGAGGGAGUAAAAUCCGAGACAACAUCUUCCUCCAAAUGGACAGCCAACAGUCGAAACAAGAUGGUGGCUCGGUGCAGUGUAGCUCCGGCUCUACAAGCACCCUCCUUUCGCCGCAAAGCCCGAGCCUGCAGCUCCAAACGUCACCUUUUUCUGCCUGCAGACGUCCGGUCAUGGGUUCUGUCGCCAGCAUUUGCACACCUGAAGCCUUCUUGCAAGAUAAAGCAGCCAGAUCAGAGGAGAUGAGGGAUAUAGACAGAGCUGCCCUGGCCCAAAAGUUCUCUGUGACCAGGAAGUUGUUUGAGACCAAGGUUUCCACGGGCACUUCUCCGGCUCAGGUGUCCAGAUGUAGUCUGAGCAAAGAAAAAGAGAGCUUGGUUCCAGACAAAUGCACAAAAGAACUCACUAGAAAUAUGUGCAUUCCAACAACAGACCCUAAAUCUCUUACAUCCAAUCUCCUCGGUGGGUCUCCUUCCUGUGUAGGCUCCGAAACUCAAAGAGAAGAAGAGGCCAAAGAAAUGAUUGUGGAGCCAUGCUUGAACCCUGAAGAGCCACUCAGGGCUGAGCUUGUCUACGUGAAGUCCUCGGAUAGCGAUGAAAGCGAGGAGAAGGAAUGGGUCGCGAUUAAAAGUGAUGAGCUGAUGGGGGAAAAUGUUGAAGAGCUGGUGGAUGAAGUUUUUGAAGAGCCCAGUGUGGAGACGGUGGGACUAAACACAAGUGACUGUCCUAAGAUAGCUGACAACUACGAGCAAGUGAGCCAACAAUGUCGUGAGACUGAGAGGGAGGAGCUGAACCGACAUGCUGACGAGCCAAGAGAGGAGCUCUAUGGGAUGGUUGAAGUGCAGAGCCUAAGGUCUACAAAGGCGGGGAAGGUGACACCUGAGCUGCAGGAAUGUGCCGUCAUGGAGCAGAAGGUAUUGGCAGAAGAUGACGAUGGAAAGGUUGAAGGAGGCAGGGAGGUCAAAUCUCCAGGACAGGAGUGUGAUGUAACAUCUCCCGUGCGAGGUGUGGACACUUCUUUGCUUUCAUUGGAAUACCAAGAAAUUCCCGGCAUUCCUCAACUGCCUGAUGGAGAUGAUGGAGAUGCAGCAGAAAACUCAAGUCGAAAAGUCUGCUUCUCAUCAGCACCAAUCAAGGUCUACAACACCUACUCCAACGCGGACUACCACCGACACAAUGAAGACAUCGACCCCGUGUCCGCCUCGGCCGAGUACGAGCUGGAGAAGCGAGUGGACAAGAUGGAUGUUUUUCAAGUGGAAAUACAAAAGGGAGACGAUGGCCUGGGUAUCAGUAUCAUAGGGAUGGGAGUAGGAGCGGACCAGGGCCUGGAAAAACUCGGAAUCUUUGUCAAGACUGUCACCGAAGGAGGCCAAACACACAAAGAUGGCAGGAUCCAGGUGAAUGACCAGAUCGUGGAGGUGGAUGGAGUCAGUUUGCUGGGCGUGUCGCAGCUGUUUGCAUCCACGGUGCUGAAGAACACGUCAGGCUUGGUCAAGUUUCUGAUUGGCCGAGACAAGGAGGGGAUAGAGAGUGAGGUUGCGCGCUUAGUCAAUGAAAGCCUGGAAUUGGAGAAGACAUCGCCAAAGGAAAAGAAUGCAACAAGCGAGGAGUCCGAAAGUGAUGAUUGUGUGUCUGAGGAAGAGGAUGAAGAGGCAUCGAUACUUUCUUGUCUUGAUGGCGACCAGGUGUGCCUCAAAUACCGGAAGCUCGGCUCCAGACUGAGAAGUCGAGCAGCCCAGCUCCAGCAAGCCAGAGAGAAGUUGAAAGCUUAUGAGGAGCAGCAGGCGAGCUGGGAGAGCCAGAAGGCUGAGCUGGAACAAAAAGUGAAAGAUGGAGAAGAGAAGGCUGACAAGCUAGAAAAGUACUGGCAGGAGGCUCAGACUCUGUGCAGGCUGGUCAGUCAGCGCCUGGCGGACGCCCAGAGCCAGUCGGACAGCCUGGAGGUCAAGUACUGCAAGGCCAAGAGAGUCCUGCGAGACUACCAGAGCAGGGAGGAGGAGGCGCAGAGGAGGGAGGCGGACUUGCGUCAGGAAUUAGAGGAGCUCAGGGAGACCAGAGGAAGACUUCAAGCUCAGCUGGAGGGGAAAGAACCGCAGUCCGGAGGGCAGAGUCUGGCCUCAGAUCCAGACUGGCACGUGGCGGUCCCUGGCACCCAGCGACUGGACUGCAGUGCUCACAUAGCUCGAGGUCAGCUGGCCCAGAAGUCCCGGCGCCACCCGCCCUCCCGUGACAAGCUGAGGGAGAGCCUGAAGAAGGAGCAGGAUGAAGGUCAAGGGUCACCGUCGCAGGCGGAGGUGAUGGUGCCAAGCCAGGACGUGACCCCGCCCAUCUACGUCAGUGUCACCAGCAGCCCCCCCCACACCAAGUCCUCCUCCUCCAGGAAGUCCAAGAGGAAGAUUCCUGACUUCAGCGGCCUGCGUAAGUCCCUGGGCAAGAUGAAGAACCAGAACAGGCGCACAAGGGUGUCUUGUGGCCACCUGGCGCAGGAGCCCUCUCAAGUGUCUCCAUCAGGCUCCGCCUCCUCCAUGCCCUCCUGCUUGCCCUUCACCUGGUUUGGGGAGCGUGGAAGAGAGAAAGAAGAGGAGGGCGAGAGAGGCGUCGGCUGGAAGCUGCGCUCCAUGUCCAGCAGCAGCCUGCCUUACCUGACCACCUCAGGGCGAGGACAUCAGAGUGUUGGCUUCAGCUGGGAGGGGCGUGGCUCUAAUCACUGGGAGGGGCGUGGCUCUAAUCACUCGCUUUCUGGACACUCUCUCUCUUUCACCUUGUCUUCCUCAGAGACCUUGGAGCAGGCGGAGGAGGAGCAGCCGUGGCAAAGUGGAGCGGUGUCAGAGUGGAGCAGCCAUCAUGUGAGUCAAUGGCUGGCGGCCGCCAACAUGGAGGGGUGCGUGGCCCGCCUCUCAGCUGCAGGAGUGGACGGCACACAGCUGCUGGCCAUGGACAAGGACAAACUCAAGGCCCUGGGCGUGAGGCAAAGUGAGCGCUGCGCCCUCAAGAAGAAGCUGAAGGAGCUGAAGAAGCGAGAUGAGAAAGAAGAGAAGGUGAGACGUAAGGAGAGAGCCAAGAAGGAGAAGGCAGGCUUGCUGAUGGACAACAGGAAGUGGCCACACACUGACACACUUCCUGGGACCGAGUCUCUGCUCUAGAACAACUGUUCUUGGACCUUCACCAGCAUCUUGCCUCUUUUUUAUACUUCUUUUAAAUUGUAUCUUUUAAUAAAUAAGGCUUUCAAAUUUUACUUCUUUUAAUUUGUCAUAAAAAUGUUACACUCUGCAACUUUUUCAAAUGUAUUCCAGAAAAUGUUUGCUCCUUGACUCCUGCAAAUGGACUGAAUAUUCAGACAUGUACUAACAACAAAUACUUAAAGAUGUACUAACAACAAAUAUCUAGAGAAGGACUAAGAGAACAAAUAUUUAGACAUUUACUAACAUAACAAAUAUUUAGAGAUGUACAAAGAAUAUGUAGAGAAGUACUAACAAGAAUGCAGUGACUCUUUGGUGUGUGUGGUGCACGUAACAAAGGACCCUUGAGAGAAUAAAUAGCAAAUGGCUAUAAAAUGAAUUGCAAUCCAACUAAGCCCUGAAGCACAAAGACGUGAUAUUUACAUGACAGUCCUUUUAGGCAAUGGCUUAGGAUUGUGAAUAAUGUUCGUUCUCAUGCCAGGUUGUCCUCCAAGACUU